AAAAAAAGUAGUUUAUUUAGGUUCGCAAGAGACGGAGGCUGUGUUGUUCAGUUUUUGUGUGUGUGUUUAUACGUAUUUUCAUUUUGCUGUGAUUAUUAAAUAAAACUUUACACUGUUAAAUCAAUACAGCUUGUAAUGCCAGUUUAUUGUAAUAUUAUCAAUUUAUAAAAUGCUGUCGGGUGAUAUCGUAUUCUGAGGCUUUUUAAAAGUGUUUUUACGGAACAACAUUCUAAAAUGACUCUUACUAUGACAAAGAAACUUAGCGAAUGCCAAGCAGAAACAGUUCAGUUUAUGCAAAUAGAAAAAGUUGAAGAUGAAUGCAGAACAGAGAACUUCUGUCAAGGCAAUGGCCUUCUGCGAAGAGGGAAGAAACUGGAAGACAAUAAUAACUUAACCAAAGAAGAAGAGGAGUAUAUAAACUAUAGGCAACUGCUCAAAUAUGAGCAGGCACCAGAAUAUAUCAAACAUAAUCAGUAUAUCAGAGAUGGUUACAGAAAACUAUUGCCAACUAAACUAUGUUGGGAAAGCAUAUUCUGGUGGACGAAUGAGACCAUGAACAUAUGGACGCACAUAUUCGGCUUCUUCUUGCUAUUGUUCCUGACCAUCAACGAUCUGGUCAUCAUCAACAUUCAUGCGACCGUCACGGACAAGAUCGUCGCCGGGUUAUUGUUCUCAUGCUUUCUGGUUUGCAUGGCGCUAUCAGCUUUAUACCACACAUUCUCUUGCCGCUCCGAGCACGAUUACAACACAUUUCUGAUGUACGACCUCUUUGGUAUUGCGCUCUCCUUACUGGCCAUCUACACAUCCGGAGUUUAUUAUGCGUUUUGGUGUCAUUCCGAGCUAAAGCAGUUCUACAUGACAUCAGUGACGGUGAUCUUCGUGGUGGCGAUGGUGCUACAAGUGCCGCGGCUGGGUGUACCAUACCCGGUGAAGAUGUGCGUGUUCAUCGGCUGGGCAGCGUACGGUGUGCUGCCCACGCUGCACUGGACUUACACUAUGGGUGGCUUUGAGAACCCCAUGGUUCAGAUGUUCUUCCCUAGAGUCAUAGGGAUGUACGUCAUAAGUGGGACAGCGUUUGUGAUAUACGCCUUCAAGGUGCCAGAGCGCUGGUUCCCAGGCAAGGUGGACUACAUAGGCCAUUCCCACCAAUGGUGGCAUGUUCUAGUGCUAGGAGCUCUGUACUACUGGCACAACUCCGGCAUGAUGUACGUGCAAUACCGCAUGAACCACGGCUGUGCUAACACUAUGCGGAUCUUCUAAACAACUCUAACCUCAUGAGGAAAUCACCCCAACCAAUGAGGACAGAUCAGAAUUUAAACUCAUUAAAGUUGUCGUCACAACAUGGCUGGUUUACCGCAUAAGCUACAGUUGUGUCUACGAGGAUCUUGGAAACACGCUAUCCACAUGAGAAAAUCUCCCCAACUAAUGAGGAAUCGUAAGAAUUUAGAUGAUGCGGAAUUAUGCCCCAUCCUCUCAUUAUAGUAUUCCUUAAUCUAAAGGUGCUUGAGGCCUUAUAAAAAUAACUUGUAUUAAAAAUUGAUUUUAAUUAUUAGGAGGCUAUCGUUAAUCUACCAGUUUGAGUGGAAAUCAGAAAAGAAACAUUUUACUUUAAAAUUAAUAAAAAUACUCAUAAGGCUCUUGAAUCACGUGAGCCUGUUUUUAGAAGGUAUGUUAAAAAUACAAUGUGAUAGACUACUGCUCAAUGUAAAAUCUCUUAGAUAGAGAAUAAAAUACCUAGCAAAAUUUUAAAUCGGUUGUGCUAUCAUAAUUCAGUAAGGUAUGUAUUUUAAUUUCGUGAUUUUUAAUUACUUAACUUAAUUUUAUAUUUCAUAAAAAAAUCUAAAAUUAAUUUUCAAGGUAAGUUUUCAUUCCACAUUGUUUACAAAUUAAGACUGAGAUGGGUCCAGUUACUUUGUAUACUUACCUAUAUUCUUAGAAAACUUAAUUUCAAAAUAGUUAUUGAGUUACCUUUAAAAUGAUACAAAAUAGUAUUAAUACAAAACAAUUUAUAAUGCUCGGUGUCAUGACAUGUAAUAGAUCUGAUAUAAUUUUAUUAAACUUGUUUAUUUAUUAUAUUUCUGUAAUAAUAAAUCUUCUUUCUGUAAUAAUGUAAUGUCUUUUAAAAAUUGUGAAAAUUAUGAAGAUUAUUUUUCCGACCCAAAUAUCGACCAAUAGAAUUGCACCAUUCGACGUCACGUGGUACAACCUACAUGGUAUUAUACUGAAAAUUUUUUGAAUAUUUUCUCUGGUCGUUGCUACGUCAAACUGACAGGUUGUGGCCGACAUUUGGGACGGAAAAAUA